CAGUUUCAACUACCAAACGACUAGUUUUUUGAAUGCUUUUCAUCCCUAUCCACUCCCUAACUUCUAUAAACUAUAUACUUUCGUGAUUAUCUUCAUAAGAGCACUUUGAACACUUUGAAGAAAAUAUUCUUUGAAUAUCCAAAGAGAUUCUACUCAAACCCCUCCUUAUAUCCAAGCAAGGGAGUGUAAAUCGAUUAUCAACGGCGAUUUUUCAAAAAUCUGACCGUUGCAGAGACGUUGGAGAGCAGUUAAUACCUUGUUUGACCAUCCCAACGGAUCUCUACACCUCCUCCACUAUAUAUUGGUGAUAUCUACUCCAUUUUUACUCAUUCCAAUCAUCUCUUCUCCAUAUAUUCAUCAUAAUUCAUCAUUCUUGCUCCUAUUCUUCAUUUCUUUCAAAAAUUUCUGCAAUCUCUCUCUCCUCUCUUGUUGCAAUGGCAGGCGGUCAAAGAAAGCGUUCCCGCACCGGAAAGAACGUUGCUUCCUCUUCGGCUCCUCCACCACCAGCGCACAAGUAUCUCGACGAGUCGUUCCUUUGGUUCAACGACCACGCGGAGGCGACGCGGUUCUCGGAGAAAUUUGAGCACCGAGAGAUUCUCCCUCCCCGAUUCUCCACAGCCCGCUUCAUUCAUGACUCCAUUCCACGUGAGGCAUGGAUUAUCCUCGAACGUGGAAACUUCCUCGAUCUCCUCUACAUCAAGAAGGUCAAUUAUCAACCCUUUCUUGUUCGAGGUUUCUACUCGAACAUGAAAAAGGAUGAGGACGGAGCAUUGAUCUCUAACGUCAACGGGGUGGACAUCUAUUUGAAUGAGGAGAACAUUCAAAUCCUCACCGGGCUUCAUCGGGACGGACAAGAUCUCGGGCUCUACGUCGGAGAAGAAGGAGCGCGGUUCAAUGAGACCGCUCUCUUGGAGGAAGAGGACACGAAGACAAUUCAUGCGAUGAUUCACAACGCCAAUCUCAAUUGGUGUAAAUUUGUGAUGACUCACAUGUUCACGGCCACUUCCGACAAUCGGCCGCUCCCCUACGCCCUCCUUGUCAUGGGAAUUCUUGAAGAAUACAACAUCAAAACCGAUGUUGGGCCAAAGAUAAAGGGGACAAAGCAUUGGGAGAUUGAAGAAUCUUCUUUCCACUCGGGCACCGACGAGACUCCGUUUCGACAGCCUCGUCCAUGCCGCCAACCGAGAGCCACUGCCUUAGCCGCCACCACUUCGACCAAUCCUUCUCUCGCCGAGCAAAUGGCAGCCUUAACCGCCACUCUCUCUCGGAUUGACACCAACGUCUCCAAAACGGCACACAACGUCAAUACCUUGAGCCGUGAACUUCACGGGUAUUUUGACUUUGUCAAUUACCCGUACGCUCAAAUGGUCCCUUACGUUCCUCCACCGAAUUUCGGAGCUGAACAAAGUGGGACUCAAAACGUUGGUAGAGAUGACGAGGUGGACGAUGAGGAAGAAGAAGAAGAAGAAGAGGAAGAAGAAGAAGAUGAUGAUGAUGAUGAUAGUGAUGGUGAUGAAGAUGACGAAGAAGAAGAAGACAUUGACGAAGAACAACUUCUCAAUGAUCUUUCCCCGGAUUUCUAGAGCUCUAGCUCUACUUUCUUCUCUUCCUUAUUUUAUCAUCUUUACAUAUGCUUUCGUUAUGUACUCCGCUAUUUCCCUUAAUUAAUUAAUAAAAAUCUUUAUGAUUUUUGUUGUUAACAAUCUUUUUGUUAAUGUCAAAAGGGGGAAGAUAAGGGCUCUGCAUAUAUUCAGGGGGAAUUUUUUCAAAAAGAUCAAAACCCUAUGCAUAUCCCCGUCUUGUUUGCCAUUAUCAAAAAGGGGGAAAUUGUUGGAACACACUUUGUACGAUAAACUAAAGUCGUGUUCAUUUC